CCAUUGUACGGACAACUUUUCACGAUGAUGCACAUUUCAUUCUUGCUCCUGCUUGUUCAGUUUGGAGUUGGACAAAGUUCUCAUCAACAUCUUCAUGAAGAUCAUCAGCAGCACAACCCUGACCAUGACAUGGCUGUACUGCUAGGAGAGCAGAGCACUGAUGCAAUAAAGAAACUGAGCCCAGCAGAGCAGCAGAAGAAGAUGAUAGAAAUUGUUAAAAAGAUUGAUACAAAUGAUGACAACCUUCUAAGUGCAGAGGAGAUCGCUCUGUGGAUUCAGCAUGUCUACAGAAAAUAUGCUCUGGAAGAUGCAGCGGAGCGGUUCUCAGAGUUUGACAUCAACAACGAUGGUGUUGUGACAUGGGAGGAGUAUAACUCUGUCGCUCAUGACCAGCUCUUUAGUUUGGAUGACAACACAGUUCUGGAGGACCCAGAACAAGAGUCUUUAAGAAAACUCCACUUAAAGGAGAAGAAUCGCUUUGAUUUCGCUAACGUGGAUGGCAAACCUGGCCUCAACGUAACAGAAUUUCUUGCCUUCACCCACCCAUCUGAAGUGGAUUAUAUGGCUGACUUUGCCAUUGAAGAUGUAUUGAGUGAAUAUGAUACUGAUAAAGAUGGAUUCAUCUCUCUAAGUGAGUUUAUUGGAAAUGUGCGUAAUGAAGACGAAACUCCAUCACAGUGGGAGAUUGAGGAAACAGUUAGAUUUAAAGAACUGUAUGACCAAGACAAGGAUGGCAGACUGAAUCGAGACGAGCAGCUGCGGUGGGUUGCACCCAACAGCUACGGUUCAGCAAGAGAGGAAGCUCUUCAUCUCAUCAAGGAAAUGGACCUAGAUGGAGACGGGCAGAUUUCAUUGGCAGAAGUUUUGAAAAACCAAGAAACCUUCAUGAACAGUGAAGUGACAGACUAUGGCAGACAGCUGCACGUGGCACACGAUGAAUUAUAACCAGAAGUAUUUGCUUGUUGUAGAAUAUGGAUGGAGAAAUGUAAUGUGGUUUAUUUCGUUUGUUCUGCUGUAAGAUUGGUCAUUUAUGUAACUUUGGAAAUUGCUACGCAUAACUUGCAGCAGUUAUUUGAAAAAAGUACAUAAUAUACAGAAAUGUAAGUCACCAACAAAAGUCCUUGAAAAUGAGUCACUUUAAAAUCAAAAUGUCUUCAGAAUG